AUGGCCCGCGCCGCCUCCCCAGCUACACCCCGCGCUCCCCGGCUCCUCCGGGCUGCGAUGCUGCUCCUGCUUCUGGUCGCCGCCUGCCGGCGCGCAGCAGGGCAGCCCGUGGUCAGUGAACUGCGCUGCCAGUGCCUGCAGACCGUGCAGGGAAUUCACUUCAAGAACAUCCAGAGUGUGAAGGUGACGCCCCCAGGACCCCACUGCGACCAAACGGAAGUCCUAGCCACUCUCAAGAAUGGGCAGGAAGCUUGUCUCAACCCUGCAGCCCCCAUGGUUAAGAAAAUCAUCGAAAAGAUGCUCAAAAAGCAAAACCCCAACUAACAAGAGGAAGGAUGAAAUCGAUCUGUGGCUCUAACAGCAGCAGGUCCUGACCUUACAGGAAUCAAAGAGGAAAAGAAGAAUCAUGGGCUCCUGUGACCACUUGCAUUGGGCUUACUAUGUUGGAUCAUCUCUUAGAAGUUGUUUAUUUAUUUAUUUAUUGGUUGGUUGGUUG